UUGAAACUAAUAAGAUAUUCCUACAGAACAAUCAUGUCGGACGCCAAGAAAAACCUCCUACUAUUCUUCGAUCGGCCCACUGAGCCCUGUUUCAUGCAGAAAGGCGAAGAGAAGGCAACCUUUGAACUACCUGCCAACUACUACCCUGAUAAAUACAAGUCAGCGAGUUCAACUUUAGGAAAUCGUUUUGGUGCCGAUGCAAACCGUCGUAUUCUUGUACAAAACAUUUCACUUCCCAAUCUUUCAUUGCCCAUGGAGUUAGGUUACAAUGAACAGUUUUCACUCUUUGUGCCUAAACACAGGAGGAUGGCUGGAAACCUCAUUGACAUUUUUAUGAAUAUGCGUAAUGUGGACGAUCUAGUAUCCAUUUGUUCUUACUGUCAGAUGAGGAUCAAUCCUUAUAUGUUUAACUAUUGUCUCUCAGUCGCCAUAUUACACAGGGAUGACACAAAGGGUUUGAAUAUCCCAACCUUCGCGGAAACGUUCCCUGACAAGUUCAUGGACCCUCGCGUGUUCCGAAAGGCUCGCGAAGUCAGCACCGUCGUACUACCUGGAAAUAGGUUGCCAGUUGUGAUACCUCAAAACUAUACAGCAUCGGAUGCUGAGCCAGAACAACGUGUAGCUUACUUCCGUGAAGAUAUUGGACUGAAUUUGCACCAUUGGCAUUGGCACCUUGUGUACCCCUUCGACGCAGCUGACAGGAGGAUCGUCGAUAAGGACCGAAGGGGAGAACUAUUCUAUUACAUGCACCAGCAGAUCAUCGCCAGGUACAGUGUCGAGCGCAUGUGCAAUGGCUUGUCACGUCCAAAACGAUACAACAACUUCCGGGAGCCCAUCGCCGAAGGUUAUUUCCCCAAACUGGACUCGCAAGUAGCCAGCCGUGCGUGGCCUCCACGCUUUGCUGGUUCAACCAUCCGUGACCUAGACCGUCCCGUGGACCAAAUUAGAGCGGAUGUGUCAGAGUUAGAGACAUGGAGGGACAGGUUCAUACAGGCUAUUGAAGAAAUGGCAGUCCUCCUGCCAAAUGGCCGUAAAGUGCCAUUAGACGAAGAGACAGGUAUGGAUGUCCUCGGAAACCUGAUGGAGUCUUCUAUCAUUAGCCGAAACCGUGGGUUCUAUGGGGAUCUUCACAACAUGGGACAUGUUUUCAUCAGCUACUCCCACGAUCCUGACCACAGAAAUCUGGAACAAUUUGGUGUGAUGGGCGACUCUGCAACAGCUAUGCGCGACCCCGUCUUCUAUCGCUGGCAUGCCUAUAUCGAUGACAUCUUCCAACUCUACAAGAACAAACUAACGCCGUACUCCAAUGACAAGUUUGACUUCCCUGGUAUUCGAGUGCAAUCUGUCGGCAUUUCAUCCGGUUCGGGUCAGGACCGUCUAUCGACGCAAUGGGAACAGAGCACAUUAGAGCUUGGGAGAGGACUAGAUUUCACGCCACGUGGUUCAGUACUCGCAAAGUUCACGCAUUUGCAACAUGAUGAAUUCAAUUACGUUAUUGAAGUUAACAACACGAGUGGAGCUGGAGUCAUGGGAACAGUUCGUCUGUUUAUGGCACCCGUCAACGAUGAGCAAGGAAGGCCUUUGAGCUUCGAUGAACAGAGGAGGCUCAUGAUGGAGAUGGACAAGUUUACACAUGCCAUCCCUGCUGGAUCAUCAACCAUCCGUCGCGCGAGCACUCUAUCAUCGGUAACUAUUCCAUAUGAGCGCACAUUCCGCGCUCAAUCUUCACGGCCUGGCGACCCGGGCUCUGCAGAAGCUGCCGAGUUUGACUUCUGUGGUUGCGGUUGGCCCCACCAUCUGCUUAUACCCAAGGGUACCACCAGAGGAUAUCCAAUCGUGCUAUUUUGUAUGAUCUCCAAUUGGAAUGACGACAGAGUGGUUCAAGACUUAGUGGGUCAAUGCAAUGAUGCAGCUUCCUACUGUGGUAUCCGAGACAGAAAGUACCCCGAUCGCCGACCAAUGGGAUUCCCCUUCGACCGUCCAUCCCGAGCUAGCUCGCUUCAGGACUUUUUAACUCCGAAUAUGGCUACCAAGCCGUGCACUAUUUUCUUCAGUGACAACGUCAGGGUUCGUUCCGCCCGGUAA